CACACAAAAAGUUGGACUUCUGGACACGCUGAAGGAAGGUAGAAGUUACGCGCUGUAACAGAUUCUUGCACCGGCUCGGGUACCUGCAAAUAGUUGCUGAAAUCAGGGCCGCGAGCCCGAGCAUCAGGGUCCAUAAAGAGCGAUCGGGUGACAGCCGCUCUUACCUCCGUGAGGUGCGGAGCAGAGCCGCUCCUUUCUCCUGCGGUCACCUUCGAGCCCGUCCCUACAGAAGAAGAGAGAAAGUGUUCUACCAAGUUACUCCCAUUACUGAUUCACCUUCUGCUUUUCUCCAGCCACACACGGACAUCCAGGAGCCCUCACAGGCUGACCGCAGCUCUGAUGGCGGAGAAUCGCUCACAGACGACAGAAGUGAACCAGCUCUUAUCAAACAGUUCGAGCUCAUGGCAGGCUGAGGCCAUCAAAGGCGUCCAGAUCACUGCCACGCUGGUCAUCUUUUUGGUGGGUGUGCCUCUGAAUGGGCUGGUGGUGUGGGUGCUUGGACUCCGAGGGAAGAGACACCUGAGGCGCAGAGGCAGUACAGAGGAGACCCGUGCUGCCAGUAGUUUCCGUGUGUAUGUCCUGAACCUGGCUGUUUCGGACCUGGUGCUCUUGCUGCGCACUCCGCUCAUGCUGGGGUACUUGGCCCAUGACAACAGCUGGCCCUUCGGCCAUGGGUGCUGCCUCCUGGUGGUGUUCCUCCGGGGGUUGGGCCUAUACGCCUCUGCCUUCCUGCUCUGUGCUGUGGCCCUGGAGCGCUGCCUGUGUCUGCUCAGGCCGGUCUGGGCAGGCCUCAGACGGCCCUCCUGGGCGGUCCCCCUGGCCUGUGCCCUCAUGUGGCUGUUAGCCACAGCUCUGUCGGCACCUUACUUCCAAACUGCUGUUGUGAAGACUGUGAAAGGGAAACACCAGUGCUACGACAGUGAUGAGUUUAACAUGGGCCUCUUUGUCACGGAGACCCUUGCAGGCUUCGUAUUUCCUCUGCUCAUGUUUUUGGGGAGUAACCUGGCCGUGCUGUUGACCAUUCAUCAGGCUGUGCCCCCCACCCCCACAUCCUCCUCCCCUUCCAUGGCUCGCAGGAUGUCACGCAUGUACCAUAUGCUGUUCUUCACCAUGCUCAUCUUCCUCACCUGCUGGGUGCCAUACUUUGUGUGCCGCUUCCUGCGGGCACUGGCCGUGGGGCGUUCUGACAGACAUGCCCUGUUAAAAGGGGCCUCUCUUGGGUUGUACGUGUCCCUGUACUUGGUCUACAUAAAGUGUGCCCUGAACCCCGUCCUGUAUGUGUUUGUGGCUCGAGGCCUGAGUAAGGCUGUUCGAGCUUCACUUGUCUCCACCAUCGAGAAACUCUUCAAUGAUGAGUCCACAGAGUCUAUACGACGAAAAUCACUCAAAAACUCACAAAUGUAACCAUAAAACAUUUUAUUUUAAUGAGAUAGUGGGCAACAAUGUAAAGUAAGAAGUUUGAUAAAUCCCACAUUAGUAAACAGAGUUGAAAACAUUUUUCUUGACUAAUAGUUCCCAGUGAGCUCUCAUUACAAAUAUUUAGCUGAAAGUGCUCUGACUGAUGCUGUCAUGAACUGAAUCUGUUCCAAAACAUCUGCUACUGUUGCAACAUGAGUGCCAUGGCGCAACACAGUGGCAUAACAGUUUCAUGAGACAUCUUGUCUUUGUCGUGGGUAGAUUAGGACAAAUGAAUACUAUUGCUUAAGGACUACAUGGACUGACUAUAGUCAAAAUAGUAUGAAUGUAUUGUCAACAUUUUGUUAACACCUUAUUUUCAAAUACUUGUUAUUUUAGAAUAAUUAUGUUGACAAAUAUUUCACAAUACCUUUUAUUUUAUAAAUGAGACCAAUGAAACCCUUUGAGUAUUAUAAACACAAGGCUCAUCCAUGUUCAGGGUUUUUUUAUUACCUCCAGACAGUGAUUGAUGGUGCCUGGGUUGGAGUCCGGGUGAAGCAGCUCGUCCACCUGUUUGUGAGCCAAGGACAGUAGCUCCUGUGCAUCCUGGAGGCUCUCUGUGUUUUGAAGAAUCUCUCCCAGUCUCCUGGCCAUGGCCUCUGCGUCACUGUCUGGCAUUGCUUGUCUCAUUUUAGCCUUUGAAAUAUAGAAAAUUUAGGGCUGUGCAAUUAAUUCAGUUGUGAUUAAUUUGUAAUUAAAAUGUUUGAAUGUGAAUAUAUUAAGAAACACAUUCAGUGUUUUAGUGUCAAAUGUCCAAAAAUGACAAAUUUUUAUAUUGUCUAUGUACAUAAGCCUUUUUAAUAAAAAUGAAAGUUAUAAUUAAUAAAGAAAAAAUAAUGUUAUUGUUAGCCUUAAUUGUCCCCAUAGGGAAAUUUGUCCUGUGCACUGAACCCAAUAUAAUAAACAAACAUUUUUUUUA